AUAUCACCCGACUGGUGAUCUACAGCUCUUAACCUCCAAGAACUACCGAAAUGAAAAAGUUUCUGGCAAAGAUAAUAGGAAAGGGCAAGCAUGAGCACGUCCUGCCUGGAGACAAUGCCGAGUCCGCGUUUGCAGCUCCUACAAAGUCGGGAUCUCUCGUUCAACCCCGCUCGUCUAAUUCGGGAAAGAUUCAGUCUGCGUUUGACGAGCACUAUUUUAUGGGGAAGCAGUUGGGUAUUGGCUCAUUUGCCGUAGUGAAGGAAUGCACCCGAAAGUCUGACUCUGCAAAGUUUGCCGUUAAAAUCAUUGAUAAAGCUCAACUGCGAGGGAAACUGGAGAUGCUCAGGAUGGAAGUGGAUGUGCUCAAGCGGAUCAACCAUCCAAAUGUCAUUGGUCUUUGCGACAUACAUGAAACAGGCACACACGUAUAUCUAGUGACCCAAUUGGCGACAGGCGGCGAACUUUUCGAUCGCAUCUUUACCAAAGGGAGCUACACCGAGAAAGAUGCCUCCGCCUUAGUUCGGCAGCUUCUGACAGCCAUCGCCUACCUACAUGAUAUGGAUAUUGUACACCGUGACCUGAAACCCGAGAAUCUACUAUUUAAGGAUCAAGCCGAGGACUCUGAACUCAUGAUAGCGGAUUUUGGCUUAUCAAAAAUGGUUGAAGAAGGCAGUUUUUUGCAGACUGCUUGCGGCACACCGCAUUACGUUGCACCCGAGAUAUUGCAACAAAAGGGCCAUGGAAAACCCGUUGAUAUGUGGGCCAUUGGAGUUAUCACAUACGUUUUAUUAUGCGGUUACACGCCAUUUUGGGCGGAGGAUAAUUCAAACACAAGCUUAUUUCGCGCGAUAUUAGAGUGCGAUUACCAAUUUGACGAGGAGUAUUGGGCAGAAAUUUCUGAUGCGGCCAAAGACUUCAUCCGGAAGCUACUGGUAUCGGAUCCCACGCGUCGCGCUACGGCCAAGGACGCCCUCACACACCCAUGGUUAGAAACCGAGUCCAGAGUUGAUCUCAUGCCUAUGGUUGUAAAGAAUUUCAACGCACGAAAAACUUUCAAGAAAGCGGUAUUGGCGGUCAACACGAUCAAUAGAGUUGCAAAGGCAUCCAACAGCAUGCGUAAUCUUAUGUCAAGCCAACAAGGGGCAGCGAGUCAUCCGACCGGGAACAUCAAAGAAGCGCUACCGGCUGCGAGCGAAGCUGUCACUGCAUGAAGGCAUGACGGAUUGAUUGUGUCCACAAAUUAAUACGUCCUAUUCCUAGGCGAUUUGUAAUAUAUAGGAUAGUGUGUACCUUUCAUGCAUCGACACUUCUUAUUUUUUGGGAUUAUAAAAGGAUUUUUGUUAUUGCAACAUAUCGCC